GGAAGACAUAGCAUUUUCUCACUCCACGCUAACCUGCUGAGGAGGAUGGCUCCUCUCUGGAAAUUCUCCCGCAAGUCGAAGAAGUCGACGGCCCAGAUACAAGCAAAAAAAUCUCCAUCCUUCCCGGGUACGCUCCAACAAAGCUCCGUUGUCUCGGCGUCGGGAUCCGACGCUAUAAGCCCGACCAACCAGGGGGGUGGCCACACAGAAAGCAACAAAGCUCUGCGUGAUCUCUGGCAAGAAGCGCUCGAUAACCUCGACGACGAGAAGAAGUCGGCACUGAAGCUGCGCUUCGAUGAAAACGGCCGAGUUCAGCCCUGUGUGACAGACGCCAUUCAGGGCGUCGUUACAAGCGUUGAGACGUCGUUUGAGCAGUACAGGAACGGGGGGUGGAAGUUCAGGGACCGCGACGGGAAAGUGAUAUUCGACGUGCGCGAGAGCGGCAAACAGAUACUCAGGUUUGCCCUGCGGUCCAAGGCUAUCAUAGAUUCGGGAGUCAAGUUUGAUCCCACGGGAUACUCAUCGUCCGCAUGGGCUGUAAUAUCUUUAGGGUUACAGUUCAUCCACAAUGACCAGGACAGGAUGAGUACCGUGUUCGACGCCUCGGCCCUCCUUGCCGGCAUCCUCCAUCGCUAUGCUAACAUCGAGGCUCACUACCGUGACCAAGACCUGCCGGAUGUGAUGCAGCUCGAGGACCAGCUCCGUUCAAGCUACGAGGCAAUACUCAAUUACGUCGCCACGGUCGAGGAGCAACGAUACCAACGGUUCUGGGGUAAGGCGACACGCGCAUGUAUUCAUGAGCCAUGACGCUCAUCGUUGAGUCUUAGGACGGGUCUGGUACAGCCUGUACUCUUUAUCGGAACAGCCCUUGCAGCAGUUGCGCGACGGAAUUCUCAGCGCAGAUAAUGCCGCAGAGCAGUGG